AUGGAGUCCUCGAUCAUCAAGUCUCAGGCCUACGGUAAGGACCGCGUCCGUGUCGUCCGCGUCGUCCGCCACGCCGACGGCUGGCAGGAGGUUGCCGACUACUCGGUCUGCUGCCUGCUCUCGGGCGACCAGUUCGAGACAUCGUACACCAAGGGUGACAACAAGCUGGUGGUCGCCACGGACUCGCAGAAGAACACGGUGUACUACCUGGCCAAGACGCUGCCUGCCGAGAAGGUCAUGGUCCCCGAGGUGUUUGCGAUGGAGAUCGCCAAGUUCAUGGUGAACAAGUACGCGCACGUCACCACGUGCCGUGUCAAGAUCAUCACCAAGCCGUGGGAGCGCAUGGCGUUCACCGGCGCUGGCCACCCGCACGCGUUCUACCGCGAGGGCAAGGAGACCCGCUGGACCGAGGCCGUGGUCACCAAGACCAACCCACCGUCGGCGAUUGCGCAGACGAUCCAGCUGACCUCGGGCUUCUACGACCUGGAGGUGCUCAAGACCACCAACUCGUCGUUCACCGACUUCUGGCGCGACGAGCUGGCCACCCUGCCGGACAUGCCCGACCGCAUGCUGUCGACCAAGGUCCUGUGCCAGUGGAAGUUUGUUGCCAACACCGCCGUUGGCCUGGAGAACACGCCGUUCAACGACAUCUACAGCGGUGCUAAGCGCAACACCCUCGAUGCGUUCGCCAACGACCCCCGCGCCUGGGUCCACGCCUCGGUCCAGACCACCCUGUACAUCAUGGCGGACCGCACCCUCAACGACUUUGCUGCUGUCGACGAUGUGUACUAUGCUCUGCCCAACAUUCACUACUUCCCGUUCGAUCUGAGCAAGCUCGGCCUGAAGAACCUGGCUUCGGACGCUGAGGUCUACAUGCCCAUUGCUGACCCGUCCGGCUUCAUCACCGCCACCAUCUCGCGCCCCGCCAACAAGCUCUAAGCCUGUGGUCGGUUCCCAGCGCAAGAUCGGAGGUUUCUAGCCAGCCCAAGGUUUUCUUCGUUUUUGCUCUACCCGAGGUUCUAAUCUCCCCUCUGUUCGGUCCCCCGUCAAACUCCCACACUUGUAUAUUAGAUAUUUCUGGUUCUGCUUUUUCUUUCUUUCCCUUUUUUUGUACGUCUGCUUUGUCUUUUGCUGAAACGGCUGGGACGGGGCAGAUAUGAAUGCAUGAAAGAAAAAUCCAACAACAUCUCCACCACCUUAGCACUGCGCAUGCGCUCAUAGUUGGCAGGUUCAUCGUCGCUUUGUGGGGUUGCAUUUAUUCCAUGGCUGAAAGAUCCUAGUGGAGCUGCUCGAUCCGCAUCUCGGCCAGCAGCUGCUCCUUGGUCAGAUUAUACAUCUCGUCGAUGAAUGCAGCACGGAAGGUCCCUGGUCCCUUGACAUCGGGUCUCUGGGCCGCAUGCUCGCCGGCCAAGUU